CCAUAUGGAAAAUCUCACAGCGCUCUCUCUUAAAAUUCAAAUUAGGUCUGUGUCCCCUAUACCAAUCUUUGCUCUUUCCAGUGGAGUUCCCAUUUCCAGUCACUUGCACCAAUGUCAGUUAACGCAUUAAUGUACAAUGACCUGUUUUCUUCACUUGUUUCUGACAUUAAAUCCUACAAUGGAAAAGACCCUCUUCUCCCUUGGCUCCGAGGAAUAAAGAAAAUGAAAGAGUCAGUUCCACCAGAUCUGCUUAAGGAGAAACUACCAAGAUUUCUUCAGAAAUGUGCACAGACAUUUGAGAAAGAUCGUCGUUAUGCUAAUGAUAUGCGUUAUCUUCGUGUCUGGUUACAACUGAUGGACUAUGUGAAUGACCCAAAAGCGGUACUAAAAACCAUGGAGUCGAAUCGUAUCGGGAUGAAAAAGUCUAUGUUUUACCAAGCAUGUGCUCUUUAUUAUGAAAAGAUUAAAAAGUUUGAGGCUGCGGAGAAGAUGUACCAUUUGGGCGUGCAGAAGCUUGCUGAGCCACUUGAUGAGUUACAUAAGUCAUAUGAACAGUUCCUUCAGCGCAUGGAGAAGCGUAAGAAUAAGAGGAUACAGCGCCAGGAAGGAAACAAUGAAAUAUGUUCUCUUGGUGGUAAAAACAUUACUUUGAAGAACAAUAUGAUCAAGGAAAAUAAUGAGAAUUUAAGUGGAAAUAUAAACAAUUCUGUCAUCACCAGGGAUCAGUUACCUAAUGCACAAUCCAAGCAUUUAAAUAUGAAAAAUGAGGUUGCCAUUUCACAGGGUUCCAGGAGAGAGUCACAAAUGAACGAAGCUACUCAUGGUGGUCCAGCCCUUCAGAAGGAACUCAGGGGUGACCUCAGUCGAAAGUUUACUGGUGAAGACACAGUUGUAGUUAAAUUUGUAGGUAAUGCCAUUGUUGGGAAGUCUGAUGUCGAAGAUGCACGACAUCAUGGUCUGGUGGAACCUACCAUUAAUACAAAGGAGGCCAUACAUGCAAUUAAUAGCAUGUUUCGGGAGCCAUUAGAGCCAUCUCUUGCUGGCAAACAUUCACAUAGAAACCAGCCAAAAGUUAAUCAUAGACCAGACAAUGGUUUUGAGGUAUUUAUAGAUGAAAACACUGAUAGUGCUGUUGGAUCUUCUCACCAAACCUCGGCAAAUGGUUCAUUAGUGCCACAAACCUCCAGAGUUGAAACUCAAGAGCCCAUGCAGGAGCCAUUUCAGAUAUAUAUUGAUGAUGAUGAUGAUGACACCAAUGAUGUGAUGGAGGGAGUUCAUGAGCUGCAUAAAUUAGAUAUGGGUAACUCUAACAAUUUGACUGGAUGUACUAUUGAAGAUGGGGUUGUGAAAGGCUUUGUUUUUCCAAGUCCAACUGAUGUUACAUCAGAAUGGUCUAGAGAUCCAAAUGUUGAAAGGCCUCCUCAAGCAAGACUCCGUAGGGAGGACACAGCUGUAUACAAAUUUGUUGGGUCGACCAUUUCAGAAGAAUCAGAGGUUGAAAAUGUUUGCCAUCAUGGCCUUGUAGAACCAACAAUUAACUUGAAGGAGGCUAUGGAUGAUAUUAAUAGCAUGUUUGGAAAGCCAAUUGAGUUUACAAGGAAAAGCAGAUCGAAGAAACAGGGAUUAGCACCGAAGAUGGAGAGAGGUUGCAGUGGGUUCCUUAUACUUCCAGAUGACGAGCCUCACCAUCAACCUAAGAGUUCCUUGCCAACUUCGUCGUCAAGAAGGGAUAAUGACUUGUUUGAGAAAACUGUGUGCACAAAGGAGGCAAUGGAUGAGAUAAAUAAAAUGUUUGCCAUGCCAUUGGAUUUCUAAGAUGCUGAUAAUACUAACUUUAGCUGCUGCAAUGGGCUUAGCUCCUGAAAGAGACCAUGAUCCAUAGUUAUCACAGCUCUGGCAGUAGACCAUGCCUUCAACCACCACUUGGGAAGUCUUCUCUGUAGACUUGGCUGGCGCUUUGCCAUAGGCGGUUAUCAGUGGAAAGGCUACUGCAAGGAGCAACGAAGCGAUCAGGACAAGUUGGCUGCUUGCCAUCUUCUUGAAAAGAUGUUAUGGAGCUUAUGUCAACUUUGGGAUGUUAUUCUGUUUUGAUGUUAAGUUCAUUUGAGUUGAUUCCUAUAUAUAGUUCUUGGCAUGGGUUUGUCUGUAUGCUCUGAAUGUUGUCAAAGACGUGAAUGCUACUACCACAUUUGUGGAAUGCAUAUAGAUCCUCAGUUAUUUUCAGA